CUCUUCCGGCCCCAAGCGGCGGGUCGGACGGAUCAUCCGCCGGGUCCACUGGCCCGCCCGUGGACGACAACGGGUUCGCGGUCGACGAAAUGCAGGCGGCGCUCGAGGCGUCCGUGAGGGAGACCAGGAAGGAGCGCCCGAAGCGGGGGUACGCGCGCGCGUUGUCGGGGGAGGCGCUCGACGGCUUGGCUCCCGACUCGCCGCAGCGAGCGGAGGGACCCGGCGCCGGCUUGCGCAACCUGGAGGGCGAGUACAACUGCUUCUUGAACGUCGUGAUCCAGUCGCUCUGGCACCUGCCGCCGUUCUCCAGGGCGGUCCAGGACAGCGCAAAGGGCGGCGGCGCGUGGCGAGGGAACGGGCGCGGCGACGAGGAUCCGGACGCGGAGGUCGCCGCCGCGCUCAGGGACGUGUUCCGAGCGAUGGACCAAUCAAACGGCUCCGUCCGAGCGAUGGACCAAUCGGACGGCUCCGUCGCCGACUCCGGCGACUCGAACGGCGCGCCGCACGCGGACAUCGGCGCCGUCCAGAACGCCGUGGCGCCCACCGCCCUGCGAAAGGCGCUCGCCGUGCUCACCCAGGGCCGGGGUUCCCUCUUUGGCGAGAACGAGAUGGCCGACGCGAGCGAGGCGCUUCAGGCGAUUUUCCACUCGGUGCAUCGCGCGCUUCGACCCGCGCCCGGGACGAAGCACGCGCGCCCCCUCAGCGCCGCGGCGUCUUCCAGGUCCGGGGGCAUGUUCCUGGACCAGGAGUCCGGGUACUGCUCGGUGGUUCACAGGUGCUUCGGGGUUGACGUGGAGGAGAGCAUGACGUGCUCGCGGUGCGCGGUGCGGUCCAGGACGCUUCGAUACACCAAGUUUUUGCACCUGGUGCCGGCGGCGGCGCUCAAUCUCGCGAUGGCGUACGCCGACGGGGUGGAUUCGAUGGAGAGCGCCAUGCGGCACAUCGACGGCUCCGACGCGAAGCCCUGCGACGUGGACGCGGGCGGUUGCGGCGCCAUGAACGGCAUCGAGCACGCGCUCGCGGCUGACGGCGUUCAGAGAAAGUCGCCGGCGAUUUUCUGCGUGGCGCUCGCGUGGGAGUCGGCGUCGGCCACGUCCGAUCAGGUGGCCGAGACUUUGGCGAACGUUCAGACGACUCUGAACCUGGCGGAAGUGUACGAGCGCGCGCCGCGAGACGCGGGGACGUACCACCUGCGCUGCGCGAUGUGCUACUACGGCGAGCACUACGCGGCGUUUGCGGUGACGGAUGCCGGUCGAUUCGACGGUCACGAGCGAUGGAUGCUGUUCGAUGAUCACCGGUCGAAGGAAGUUGGCGAGUGGGAAGAGGUGGCGAGGGUGUGCGCGGCGGGGCGCAUGCAGCCGUGCGUGCUGUUUUACCAGAGAGAGAACGCGACGGUGGAGGUUUGAUUCUUUUGACGAUCACGAAAAUUUUAUACGACGAAUUUACUAACAGCU